AUGACCUUUGAGAAAUCUGUGGCAAUUAUAGGCGGCGGUCCGAGCGGACUCGCCACGGCCAAGGCACUUGCUGAAGAACAUGUUUUUGACAAAAUUGUCAUCUUCGAACAACAGCCUCAAGUCGGAGGUGUUUGGAACUAUUCUGGCACAAAACCAGGUAAUUCUCCGGUUCCUUCUGAUAACCCGUCCAUUACACGAGAGUGGUUUGCAAAUAGAGACGAUGAAUACGUGUCUCCAAUGUAUGAGAAUCUUGAGACUAACGUUAUCAAGGAUCUCAUGGGUUAUAAGGAUUAUCCAUUUCCAGAAGCCUGUGACAUUCUUCCAUCACGCCAGGAUGUCCUAGAAUACGUCCUCAACUAUGCAGUUGAUUUGAAGGAUCCCAUUUCUGUUCUAGUGAAUAAAGAAGUUAUUAAUCUUCAGAAGACUGGAUCGGAAUGGAAAUUACGCUCACGAGAUUUGAUAUCACAAGCGACGACGGAAGAUUCAUUCAAGUAUGUGAUAAUUGCUACUGGCCAUUACAACUUUCCCUAUGUACCUGACGUUCCUGGUCUUCAAGAAUGGGCAGAAGCUGACCCUUCUUCCAUCUCUCACUCCAAGUACUACAUCAACAACCAGAAGUUCAAAGGUAAAAAAGUUUUAGUGAUUGGAAAUUCAGCUAGUGGUGCCGACAUCUCCCUUCAACUUACUGAAGUCACAUGGCCUGUUUACAGGUCUAAAAAGAGUGAAGGUAUCAUUAAACCAGUUGAAAUUGACGACAUUAUAGAUAUUUCUGAAAUAAAGCGAUAUGACGUAUCGUCUAGAACGGCUACAACAGCAGAUAAUACCACCAUUUCCAAUAUAGAUCACAUUAUUUUUUGCACAGGAUAUUUAUAUGAUUUCCCCUUUCUGAAAUCGUAUAUGGAAGGCGAAGAUGCUCUGAUCACCGACGGUCAAAUAACUCGACGCUUACAUCGACAAAUUUUUUACAUUCCUGAUCCAUCCCUUUCGUUUGUGGGUAUCAUGAAGAACAUUAUUCCCUUCCCAUUGGCAGAAAGCCAGGGAGCUGUGAUUGCUAGAGUUUACUCUGGAAGGCUAGAGCUUCCAUGCGAGGCUGAAAUGAGAAAGGACGAGAUUGAGGAGAUCAAGAAACGAGGUGGUGAAUCUAAAUUUCAUUCGUUUGCGACUCCCACUGAUGUUGAAUACGCUCAAGAACUUGCAUCUUUGGUAGAUAAGGCUGUACCCUUUGAUACAGGCUUUAAAGCCGAGAUUUGGACCGAAGAAAAGAAGAACAGACGUGUGGAUUUUGUGGACAUCAAACAGCAAAGACACAGGGAACAUCGGGAAAGGAUCAAGAGAAACAGAAAGUCACAUGAGACGUCGGCUCAAGCAGAAGCGUAA